GGCGCAGGUUGACCCAGACGCAGAGCGCGACGAUCUUGGCGAUUGCCGAAGCUAUCGCUGGCCCUCUUCCUGAAGCCGUCGCGAAGGACGUCGUUUCGGGGCAUCUCAAGACCGUUCACAGCUUCACGGAUGGAACAGACAAUUGUGUACCGACGGAGGACGAACUAUUCGCCACGACGCAGGUGCAUCCGCGAGAACUUGAUGUUGUUGCAAGCAUGGAAACGAUGCUUCAAAAGCUUCCUGCGGACAAGUGGAUAGAGUUUGCUCAAGUUCUGUACUUGCUCUCGACGGGGUGGGGAACCAAACUCGUGACGGCAUCAUCGCGCGCGGUACCCUUCCACGAGCUCACAACGAACGAGAGGGAAGACGCCCUGCGGAACCUGGCGUCCUCAUCAUUUGCCAAACUUCGAUCGCUAUUCCAAGCGUUGAAGGCCCUCGUUUCGUUUUGCAUGUUUGCCAAGGCGCGGACGGUCCAUGGCAAACAGAAUCCGCUGUGGGCGAAUCUCCACUACGCUGGCCAGCCGCAGGAGAAAAAGCGCCCACCACGGUCGCAUUUUUGGGAACCGACCUUCAUCGACGUCCGGACGCUAGCCAACGGGACCGCCGAGGUCGUUCAACUGGAGGCGGAUGUGGUCGUGAUCGGGUCUGGCGCCGGUGGCGGCGUUGUCGCGGCGGAGCUGGCGAAAGCAGGACACAAGGUGGUCGUGCUCGAAAAGGCAUCAUACGUGCACCCGUCCGACGCGUCGUUCAACGAGCUGCAAGGGUUCUGGAAUAAUUUCGAAAGCGCCGCGCUACUGACGUCCGAGGACUUGUCCAUGAUGCUCCUGGCCGGGUCGGCAUGGGGUGGCGGCACCUAUAUCAACUGGAGUGCCUCGCUACCGCCGCCCAAGGUCCUUUGCGAAGAAUGGGCAACCAAGUACAAUUUGCCCUAUUUCAACUCACAGGCGUUCCAGGACGCCAUCCAUGCAGUGUGCACACGUGCAGGUGUGUCGGCGGAUGCAGUGCGCCACAACGUUCCGAACCGAGUGCUCGUCGACGGCGCGAGGAAGCUCGGGUACCCCGUCGACGCGGUGCCCCAAAACACAAACGGCAGCGUCCACGAGUGUGGGUUCUGUACGCUGGGCUGUCCGUACGGUGAAAAGCAAGGAUCGCACAUGACGUGGUUCAAAGACGCAGCCGACGCCGGCGCCACCUUUGUCGACGGGUGCUUUGUCGAAAAGGUGACGUACUCGCGCAGACAAGCUACGGGCGUCGAAGCGACUGUCCUGAACGGGACGGUGCGACUCGUGGUCAAGGCCAACACAGUCGUGAGCUGCGCCGGCAGUCUCCACACCCCCGCGCUCCUGCUUCGGUCAGGGUUGUCCAACCCCAACAUCGGUCGCCACCUCCGGCUGCAUCCUGUCACGACGGUCCACGGGUUCUUUCCGCAAAAGCACGUGCAAAGCUGGUCCGGGUCGAUCCUCACCGCGGUGUGCAACGUCGUUCGCAACAUUCAUGGAGAGGGAUAUGGCGCCCGCAUUGAAAUCCCAGCGUCGUUGAUGGGCCUCACGGCGUCGCUUUUGCCGUGGCGAAGUCGCGCCGACUUGCAUCGCCUCAUGCUGCAGUACCCACAUCUCGUCAACAUGAUUGUGCUGGCGCGGGACUUGGACUCGUCCAGCAGCGUUGUCCUCGACGCGGAUGGUAUGUGUCCACUCUGGCUGUCGCUGUGUUGGAUCUGCUCCUGGAGCCAUUCGCUGCUGCAGGCCGACCGCGCAUCAAGUUUCAACUGGGAACCAAGGACAGUACGUCGUUGGUAGAGGGACUCAUUGCGGGGGCAAAAGUUCUGCUCGUCCAAGGCGCCGUAGAGGUCAACACGACCCAGUUCGACCUCCCGCCGCUACGACUGUCCACCGAGGAAGAUGUAGCCAACCCCAUCGAGUGUGCCACAACGCAGCGAUGGAUCGAGCAGGUUCGCGCGCUUGGUGCAGUUCCAAACCGUCUUGGCAUCAUGAACGCCCAUCAAAUGGGGAGCUGCCGCAUGGGGGCGUCGCCUCAAGACGGCGCGGUGAAUCCCGACGGCGAGAGCUGGGAAGUCCGAGGUCUGUACGUGGCCGAUGCCUCGCUCUUCCCCACCGCGUCCGGAGUCAACCCCAUGGUCACGACGUUUGCAAUGGCGUACUCGGUCGCGCAGUUUGUAAAGGCCAACGUUUCCGAUCGCACGAACGCCGGGCAAAAGAUCUUUCUCAAGUCGUUGACGGUGCGCCAGUCGUGGUCGGCAUUGUGGUCGGCCAUCUGGGCCAAGACGGGGCGGCAGCUCCACAGCACCGUCAAGGUCUUGAUUGCGAUUGUUGCGCUGCGCCACACGAACGCCUGGAUGGCCAUGUGGAAGUGGGUCGUCGCAUGCGUCAACAAGUGAGCCGGCGAGUAACGUGUCCAAUCCCAUCCGUUGUGUCAUGUCAGCAUGGCGUGGCGCUCGUCCCAGCAUGGAUGCUGUUGACGGGAUCUGCGUCCACUAGUUCGAACAAGGAAAGGGCUGUCUCAUGGCGUGGCUGUCGCUGGCCUCGCGACCACGGAGCAGUGUACUGACGGAGGCAUGACUGCAGGUCGUACCUUUCAAACACCGAAAGCUCUUUCUCGGCAUGUGCGCCAGAAAACACUCUCCAUUCCACCACUGCCCCACCGACACAAACGUGCACUGGGUUUAGAUUUUCUGUACAACGCGACGUCCACCUCCCCCACCGCACACGGGAAACUGACUCCAAGAGAUCGAGGUCGACCAGUUCGAUUGUUGUGGUGUCAGCCGCUUCGUUGCGCUCGCACGGUGCAUGGCCGCCUGGACUGUGCUUGCCUUUCGAGCUCCUUGCCUCCGUUGUCGCUGGCCUUCGCACGGCGGUUCGGUCGCUGCAGCCUGCACCCCUUCGAAGGAUUGCAUAAAGCACUCCAUUGCGCGGCGCCGGUGGACUAUCAACGAUCCGAGUCGCG